UCUCAAGACUCCAGCCCUCCUCGCACCUUUGUGCUCGGCCCCUUUUCUGGGCUGCUCUGAUCGCACGGGCUCCGUCUCUCUGCUGCAAUACCUUCCGCUUCGUUAGCGCUUCGAGAGCCGGCCGGUCGCGUCUCGUCAAUCUCAGCGCCACCUCGCCCCAAAGAUCCUCGUACAUACAUUUCACCCGGACGCGCUUCGUGCACUACCCACGCGUCAUUGACGUCGCGACCGAUCAAACCCCCGGAUCCCACCUUCUGAAACCUUCCGAGCCCCACAGCGCACCAUAUCCGAAAAUGAGCGAUCUUGACCAAGCGAUCGCCCAGCUGCGCGCAUGUCGACCGAUCCCCGAAACACAGGUCCGCGAACUGUGCUACAAGGCCAGAGAGCUGCUCAUAGAGGAGGGAAAUGUGGUGGGCGUGGAUGCGCCGGUAACGAUAUGUGGUGAUAUCCAUGGCCAGUUCCAUGACCUGAUGGAGCUGUUCAGAGUGGGUGGCGAUGUGCCGGAUACGAACUACCUGUUCAUGGGCGACUUUGUCGACAGAGGAUUCUACUCUCUCGAGUCGUUCUUGCUCUUGCUCUGCCUCAAAGUGCGCUAUCCUGACAGGAUCACACUUAUCCGUGGAAACCACGAGUCGCGGCAGAUCACCACCGUUUAUGGCUUUUACGACGAAUGUCUGAGGAAAUACGGAAGCGCAAAUGUGUGGAGAUACUGCUGUGAAGUCUUCGACUACCUCGCCUUAGGAGCCCUUGUCUCUGGAGCCGCUACCAAUCUUCAACCAACAGCCUCCCCCUAUGCCGAUGGUAGCACUCAAGGCGUGCCCGAAGACCAGGAUAUCGAGAUAGAGAUUCUCAACUCCAACAACGAAGUCAUCAACAGCUUCCCCCGCGCCUCUCGCAUGUCCUCCCCCUCCGGUACCCUCGGAAACCCCGAUUCCUCGCCUAUACUUGACGCGCCUGCUCGCACAGGACCGGCAGGUACCGGCGCUACCUCAUCGAGUUCCGGGUCGACUGGCAAUCCUGGAGGGGCAGUGCUUUGCGUGCACGGUGGCCUCUCCCCCCUCAUCGACACUAUCGACAAAAUCCGGUUGUUGGACCGCAAGCAAGAAGUGCCCCACGAAGGCGCGAUGUGCGACCUGCUAUGGUCAGACCCGGACGAAAUCGACGGAUGGGGACUUUCACCGCGCGGAGCAGGCUUCCUGUUCGGCGCCGACAUUGUCAAAUGUUUCAACCACAAGAACGACCUCAGCCUGAUUGCGCGCGCACACCAACUCGUCAUGGAAGGCUUCAAGGAGAUGUUCGACAACAGCAUCGUGACGGUGUGGAGCGCGCCCAACUACUGCUACCGGUGCGGCAACGUGGCCGCGAUCCUAGAGCUCGGGGAGGACGGGACCAACGGCGGAUACGUGCCGCGCAACAACGGCGACGCGGGGCGGUCCAGGGGCCUGUCGGAGUGCAACAGAGACGGGCCUGGCCGGCGGUAUCGCGUCUUCGAGGCGGCGCCACAGGACAGCAGGGGCAUGCCCGCGAAGAAGCCGGUCGCGGACUAUUUCUUGUAAACAGCAGGGCGGGGAGGACUUACUAGUGUGCAUUACGUUGUGCUCGACAAAAUACCCUUUUUGGCCGGCGAGGCGCGACUGGGACUUGCGCUUUUUUUCGCUUUUGCUUUUGCUUUUGUAUACAAGCCGGAUAUGUAUGCGGAUGGCGUAUUGGGGCUCUCUUUUUUUGAUUCUGAAAUGAUAUAUGGUAGCACGGAUGGGUAGUCACUGGUCAUGGGUGCAGGUGUAUGUUGUUGGUGCGGGUUAGGGUAGGUAGGUGUAUUGCAUGGUUGGGCCGUGGUAGCGGAGCUCAACUGGCUAGGUACUUCGUACAGUCGAGACUGGCUACGAGAUUGUGACGGGAGAAAUCUACCUUGCCUAACCACUAAAAGCGGCGCUGAGGGCAGGAGCGCACUCCAGCGCCUCUGGAAGGGGAAGGUUGAUGUGCUGCAACCCCGCGCUCCCGCCCUCCCCCAAUCACCCUCCCUGUCGCCCGGCACGCCC